CCGCAUGUCAUCUCGCUGGACCAACAAUGUUUGCAGCUUUCAACUAAAAGCUCAACGCUUUCAAACAAGUUUAGCAGUGCCGUUAAACAUUUAUGCAGAUCAGUUACAUUCGAAAUCUGCUAAUAACAAGUUCACAUUUUAUUGUAGUUAAUACAAAUUGUUUAAUUUAAAAAUCACUGUGCAUUAUGUCUGAAAACAAGGACCUCGUCGAAAUUAAUUUGAAUACAACAAACUCAAAACUCCUCGAGAAGGGUUCCAGUUAUAACAACAAUAUGAGCUUAUUCCACUUUAAGGAUCGUAGCUCAGCUACUAACAGCACAAUACCCUAUAAACAGGGUCUGUCGCUCACGGAUUCUCAGGGUGGUGCGCACAAAGGUGCCUCAAAUGUGCUACAUAGUAUUUUUAGUGGCAGCAUUGAAUUUGUGCCCAACGCCUAUCGUUCGCCUACAGAUUUGAGCUGUCUGCGACAAAUGUACUGUCCGGACUGUGAACAGCGUUUGCACAUAGACACCAUCAGUUAUGAUCGCUUGCUCUACUGCUGUCUGCCUAUAUUUCCCUUCAAGUGUCUGUACAAACGCGCCAUCGAUCGGCGACAAAGUGGCAACAAAGUGAUUUGCAAAAGGUGUGGUGGAAAUUUGGGUUACUGGAAACAAAAGUGAAUAAUUUCUGUACUUGAUUUGGAGAAUUUGUGCCAAUAAUGCCUUGAAAGUGGAAUAUGUUUUAUAAAGUAAUAGAGCUUUAGAGUUUUGGGUGUGAAAAAUAUUUUUAAGUUUACUAAUGUUGUUUCUUGUCCGACAUAAGAUUCAAAAAAUAUUUUAAUGAAAUAUUUUAAAAAAUUCAAACUUAAUUCUUAUUAAU